AUGAAUGUUGGAUAUAUUACUGUUGAGCUCGUGACAACCUUCAUGGUUCUUAGUGGCAAUGGUCGGUUGACUUCUUUCGGGGCAGUGGCUAUUACUGAGAGAUUUGCAGAGCAAGUCAUUUGGCAUAUUGGUGGUGGGGCUAUUGGGUUGUUAGUUGGGAUGGGUCUAUACACAGCUAGUCCUUGUAUUGCCAUU